AACGUUUACUAAGUGUUUAUCGAAAUAAAUUAACAAUAAUUUGUAAUGGAACAAUCUCUGCAAAAUUGGUCACCUUAUGCGAUCGAAUACGAUCCUUUAAAAGCUGGUAGUAUCGAUGGAACCGACAAGGAGCCCCACGACAAAGCUGUAAGUCGAGCUAUGCAAGCUCAUUAUGAACCUCCUCGUGGUUUGAAAUCUAAGCCUGAAAGAACGUUGUACGUAGCUAGAUUUGGAUCGAAGAUAACCAAGCAAGACUUAAAAGAGUUUUUUUCUAGAUACGGAGAAGUUCUAUCAGCAAAAGUUAUAGUAGAUGUAGUUACUGGACUUUCACAAGGUUAUGGUUUUGUAGAAAUGAGAAACGUAGACGACGCUAAAAGAGUAGUAAGACGUUGUAUUGACGCGACGCUGAAAGGAUAUCAAAUUUUUGUAGACUUCGAAUGUAGUCGUAUUAUGAAAGGUUGGAAACCUAGAAGAUUAGGAGGUGGCUUUGGCGGUAAAAAAGAAUCCGGUCAACUUCGUUUCGGUGGAAGAGACAGACCUUUUAAAAAGCCGAUAGUACCAAACAUUAUAAAAUCAUGAUUUUGAUUCUACGUAUCUUAAAUAUGUACAUAGUUAAGAGACACAGAAGAGAAGUCAGAAUAAUCGAAGGAUCUAUUAUUCUUUACAAAAGAAAUGCUGUUACCCGAAUGAAGACUUUAAUCUUUGAAAAUUAACGAUAUAAACGAAUUGACGCCUUGACGAUGUCUGAUAUUAAGUAGACGCUUACGCGGAACUUUAUACUCGGACGUUGUUGCGCCCUCUCUCGUCCACAAGGCUCACCAUAUAAGGAGGCCCCAGCGUGGACUUUAAAACGUUGAUCAACGCAUUCGAAGAUUUAGAACUUUAACAAGUAAGCAAGCAAGGAAGCAAGGAAGCAAGGAA